AUGUACACAUGUGGUCCGACUGUGUACAGAGACGCCCAUAUAGGGAAUCUCCGGUCGUAUCUGAUGGCCGACUGGAUUCGCAGGACGCUUGAACUGAACGGACUGGAUGUCGUUCAUAUCAAGAACAUCACUGAUGUCGGCCAUAUGCGUCAGGAAGUGCUUGAGCAGGGCGGAGAUAAGGUCAUCGCUGCCGCAAGAGCCGAGGGCAAGACUCCUGCACAGAUUGCUGAGUUCUACACGGAGAGGUUUCUCAACGACGAGAAGAAGCUGAACAUCAUACCGGCACAGGAGUUUCCGAAGGCGACCGACCAUGUGCCGGAAAUGCUGGAAAUCACCGAGCGCUUGGUUGAGCGAGGGCUUGCUUACGAAAUAGGCGGCAAUGUCUAUUACGAGGUGGGUAAGUUCGACGGCUACGGCAGGCUUUCAGGUAAUAUUGCGGAUGCGGAUUUGCUGGAAGCGGUUCGUGUCGAAGCCGACCCGCUGAAGCGCGACCCCCGCGAUUUCACGCUCUGGAAGGCUGCCGAGGAAGGCAGAGAACUGAAGUGGCCCAGCAUCUGGGGAGAGGGCUUUCCGGGCUGGCACAUCGAAUGCUCCGCCAUGUCAAUCAAGUAUCUCGGCUCGCGAUUCGACAUUCAUACCGGCGGCGUGGACAAUAUCUUCCCCCAUCACGAAGGCGAAAUCGCGCAGAGCGAGGGCUACGCCGGAGAGCAGGUCGUUAACAUCUGGACGCACGGGCAGCACCUACUUGCAGACGGCGUGAAGAUGGCGAAGUCGAUGGGCAACUCAUUCAUCCUGUCUGACAUCGAGGCGCAGGGUAUAGACCCGUUGGCGUUCCGAUACCUCUGUCUGACGGCACAGUAUGACAGACGCCUUAACUUCACUUUCACAUCGCUCAAAGCCGCGCAGCGCGCUCUGCUCAGAUUGCGGAACAUGGUCUGGCAGUGGAACAUGUUGGCAAAUGGCGACACCGCCAAUGCGGAGGCGAUAGAGCAGUGGCAACGUCGAUUCGAAUCCAUGGUCAAUGACAACCUCAAUAUGCCCGGUGCGCUCGCGCUCACCUGGGAGCUGGUGCACUCUGAUCUGUCGCCGGCGACCAAGCUGCAACUGCUUUCAGAUUACGACCGUGUUCUUGGUCUCAGCUUGAAUAGCGUCGUUGAACAAUAUAGGGUGCCCAACGAAGUCGCCGACGAGAUUUCGCAUCGCUCAGAGCACCGCGGACAACAGGACUACGCUCGGGCAGACUCCAUUCGCGCAGACCUUAGUGAUUCAGGCUUCAUAGUGCAGGACGGUGGCGUUGCAACUUUCGUGCGCCCAAAAACGGAGUGGGAGAUGCGGCAGGAGCGGUGGCACACUUACUCCUCAGAGGCAGAAGUGGCGCCGUUUAUAGGCGAAGCCAAUCGAGUUGAUAUAUCCGUUGGCAUAGUUGCUUGCAACUACCAGGGCGAUGUACAGCGCUGUGUUAACAGCGCCUUGCAUUGGCUUGGGGACCGUGAUGCCGAAGUAGUAGUGGUUGACAACGGUUCUGUAGAUGGCACCGACGAAUGGUGGAAGAGGCUGCUGCACAAGAUGAUCGCCUACGAGUAA